AGGGUUUCUGAAGAGCGAUAAACCCAGAACAGAAUCCCCAUUGUCGGAAUUUUUUUUUAAGAAUUUUGCUAUGAGCAGAUCAGGGCAGCCUCCGGAUCUCAAGAAAUACAUGGACAAGAAGCUACAAAUAAAACUUAAUGCCAAUCGUAUGGUGGUUGGAACCCUUCGUGGAUUCGAUCAGUUUAUGAAUCUGGUGGUGGACAACACCGUCGAAGUCAAUGGAAAUGAGAAAACUGAUAUAGGCAUGGUGGUCAUCAGGGGAAACAGUGUAGUUACGGUUGAAGCUCUCGAGCCAGUCGCUAGAGCUCAAUGAUUGUAUAUGUAUUGAUUCAAUCUAAUUUUUAGUCUCGGAUUAUUAUCUUUGAUGUGGUAGUUUUUCACUGUUUAUGACCGGUUGUUGGUCACAUUUCUUGAUUGGUAGCCUUGUCUGAAUCGUUCGUAUCCAACGUAAUCAUUUGAAAUGUUAGCGUAUGA